UCUGCCAAUUUAUGCAUCCCUAUCAAAUUUUGCUACCUCCAUACAAAACAGGACUAACCCCUCCCCCAACCCAACCCUUACACCUAAAUAACCCCUCCCCCAACCCAAUCACAACACGAGGGUAGCACAGAUUUAUGGGUAGCAUAAAUUGGCAGAACACUGGCACUGUUAUGAAAACAGGAAAUUUGAGGGAAAACGAAACUAAGCUGUCGCGCCGACUCUCGCCGGUUCUAUGUUUUAUCUUCAUUUCUGCAACAUACUGUGAAAUGGCAGAAGCCAGUAUUUCAGUGGAUCAGGAUCAGUUCAGUUGUUCAAUCUGUCUGGAUCUCCUGAAGGGUCCUGUGACUAUUCCCUGUGGACACAGUUACUGUAUGAGGUGUAUUACGGAUUACUGGAAUCAGGACGAUCAAUGGAGAGUCAGCUGCCCUCAGUGCAGACAGCCCUUCAGUCCAAGACCUGUUUUAGGUAAAAACACCAUGCUGGCUGAAGUGGUGGAGAAACUGAAGAACACUCAACUACAAGCUGCUCGUCCUGAUCACUGUUAUGCUGGACCUGGAGAUGUGGAGUGUGACGUCUGUACUGAGAGAAAACACAAAGCCGUCAAGUCCUGUCUGGUGUUUGAGUUGAGUUACUGCCAAACUCAUUUUGAACAACAUGAGAAUUUAUUUAAAAGCAAGAGACACAAAGUGACUGAUGCCACUGGACAACUUCAGCAGAUGAUCUGCCCUCAACAUGAGAAACUUCUUGAGUUUUACUGUCGUACUGAUCAGCGCUGUAUAUGUUAUCUGUGCAUGGCAGGCAAGCACAAAAAUCACAGUACUGGAUCAGCUGAAGAAGAGAGGACUGAGAAACAGAAACGACUGAAGGAAACACAGCGUAAAUACCAGCAGAGGAUUCAGGAGAGACAGAAGGAGCUUCAGGAGUUAAAAAAGACUGUGAAGACUCAUGAGCACUCUGCUCAGGCAGCAGUGGAGGACAGUGAGAGGAUCUUUACUGAACUGAUCCGCUCCAUUGAGAGAAGUCGUUCUGAGGUGAUACAGUUGAUCAGAGAUCAGGAAAAGGCUGCAGUGAGUCGAGCUGAAGAACUCUUGAAGUGUCUGGAGCAGGAGAUUGAUGAUCUGAGGAGGAGAGACACUGAGCUGGAGCAGCUUUCACACACAGACGGUCACAUCCUUUUCCUCCAGAGUUUCCAGUCUCUUUGUGUUCCUCCUGGAUCUACUGACUCAUUUUGCAUCACUCUCAGUUCUCUCCUUUCUUUUGAUGAUGUACAAAAAAGUAAAGAGAAACUGGAGUGUUUGUGCAGAGAAAAGAUAGAAAGGAUAUUUGAUAGAGAUUAUUGUCAGGUCACUGUGAAUCCAAACACAGCCCAGAAGAUUCUCCAUCUGUCUGAGCAAGGACUCAACAAGAAAGAGCUGACUGCAGAGGAGCUCACUAAACAACUGGACAGGUUGUUGCAGGAUAAAGCCGACAACAAGACCAUCUGUGACUGGAUAGAGGCCAACCUAGAUGAACAACAGAUAAGCUCCCAUGAGUUUGUGCGGGCACUGAUGACGUCCGUGUGUCAUUCGGCCAUUACACGUAUCCCCGCUUACAAGGUGGAUGUGACUCAGCUUAGUCAAAGGGCCGGACUGCUAUCUAAGUACCUGUGUGAUGAAGAGAAGGAGUUGCAGGCCCUCUAUGCUCUCCAGGCUCUCGUGAUGAAGAUGAAGCAUCCCUCCAAUUUGCUGCGCAUGUUUUUUGACCGCUUUUACGAUGAGGACAUUAUAAAGGACGAGGUCUUCUUCAAAUGGGAGUCCAGCAAAGACCCGGCAGAAUGGCUGGGAAAGGGUGUGGCCCUGAGGUCCGUCACUGCCUUCUUUACUUGGUUACGAGAGGCUGACUUCGAUGACUACUAAUUCUGAACCAUAGUAGCCCAGUUAGAACUGGACAAAAACAAGUACUAAAGAUUAAUGUGUAGGAUGUCUGAUAACCAAGCUGAACUUGAUCCUGAUGAAGCCUGUAUUAUCUGUUCAGGGUGCCCUAGAUAAGUUUAGAGGAGGGUAUGUCCUUUAGGUUUGUUGUGUCAGGUGAAACAGGGAGCUCUAGGGAUUGUAUAGGAAUUGUUUUCUUUGAAAUCUAUCUCAGAAAAUGUGUAGUACCUUUAACGGUAGCCUACUAAAGGGUUGGACUUGUUGAACUUCAAAAUGACAGUGCGUGAACUUUGAGACAACCUGUUAAUGUUCUGUUUAAAGAACAGUUCAACAUAUUACAACAGCUGGUACAAUAUAAACAACUGAAUAUUUAGUACAGCAAAAAACUAUUUUAGCCUACUUGCUUAAUAAAAUUGUAUGCAGUGAAAGAAUUUGAUUCAUUCUUGUCUAUAUUUUUGGACCCUUGGUUUAUCAGCAGAAGCAGGUCAAUGUAACGGCUUAAUAAACACACUA